UUAAUUAUAAUUGCAAUUAUUAAUCUAUCUCUUGGGAUUGGGUGUCUUCUUCUUCUUCUCUCUCUUUUUGUCUUCGACUGUUCGAAGUUCUUCUCUUUUCCUGAGUUGUUCCCUGAUUCAACCACAUCCACAAUCUCUCUUUUGUUGGGUUCUCUCUCAGGGAAACUCGUUUUCAGACAAAACAUCAAAAACUCUAAUAACAACAUUCUGAUUACCAAAAAAAAAACACAACAAAAGCACAUGGCAGUUUAUUACCCAACUAGUGUCGGCAUGCAAUCUCUCUACCAAGAACCCAUCUACCUCAACGAACAACCACAACAACAACAGCAACAACAAGCUUCCUCCUCCGCCGCUUCUUUCUCCGGCGCCGGCGCCGGAGUAAACUGCCUCGAAAUCCCAAACUCCGUACCAAACGAGAUGGUCUUCAUCCCACCAACGAGCGACACAUCUCUCAUCAACGGAAACGUAACGGUGGUCUCAAGCAACGAUCUAAGCUUCCACGGCGGUGGACUCUCCUUAAGCCUCGGUAACCAGAUCCAAUACCAUUACCACAACCUCUCUAACCAGUUGAAUUACAACAAUCAUCAUCAGAACCCUGAUGACAACGUGAAGAGUCAUCAUCAUCAUCAAGUUCCUUCCUUUGGAUUCUACAACAACGGGUUUGUGAGUAGUGUCCUAAGAUCUCGUUACCUUAAACCAACGCAACAGUUGCUAGAUGAGGUCGUCAGCGUCAAGAAGACAAACAAGAACAACAACGAGAAAGGUCAAGACUUUACUAACGGGUCUAAACCUAAUGAUAACAACAACAACACAGAGAAGAACGACCAAAACUUGUCGCCUACGGAACGUCAAGAGCUUCAGAGCAAGAAGAGCAAGCUCUUAACGAUGGUCGACGAGGUUGACAAGAGGUACAACCAAUACUACCAUCAGAUGGAGGCUUUAGCUUCGUCUUUCGAGAUGGUAGCCGGUCACGGAGCGGCUAAGCCUUACACAUCGGUGGCGCUGAACAGAAUCUCCCGCCAUUUUCGGUGUCUGAGGGAUGCGAUAAAGGAACAGGUUCAGGUGAUCAGAGGGAAGCUUGGGGAGAACAAGGAGUCUUGUGAAGAUCAGCAAGGGGAGAGGAUACCGCGUCUUAGGUAUUUAGAUCAGAGGUUGAGACAGCAGAGAGCUUUGCAUCAACAGCUUGGUAUGGUUAGACCAAGUUGGAGACCACAGAGAGGCUUGCCUGAAAACUCUGUCUCUAUACUCCGCGCUUGGCUCUUUGAACACUUCCUUCAUCCAUAUCCUAAGGAGUCAGAGAAGAUCAUGCUUGCUAAGCAGACAGGACUAUCUAAAAACCAGGUUGCAAACUGGUUUAUCAACGCGAGAGUUCGGCUAUGGAAGCCGAUGAUCGAAGAGAUGUAUAAAGAAGAGUUUGGAGAUUCACCAGAGCUACUCUCAAACUCUAAUCAAGACGACAGCAGCAACAAGAAGAAAAGAAUGAAUGAAACGUCUCAGCUCAAACACGAAGACUCUUCUUCGUCUCAGCAACAGAAUCAUGGAAACAACAACAUCCAUUAUACAUCUGAUGCAGAAGAAAACCUAAUCUUUGCAGAUCCCAAGCCAGACAGCUUGAUGAACUAUAACGGGUUUGGUGUGGGUGAUUACAAUGGAUACAUUGGCCUUGGUAACCAGCAAGAUGGCAGAUUCUCUAAUCCCCAUCAGUUACACGACUUUGUCGUCUGAAAAGAGCUUUCACAAGCUCAUGAAAACUGGUAAUGCCAGUUGAUUGGAUUCUUGAAGCGCAAGCAAGUAAAAAGACGCUUCUAUAGAUAGGAGGGGUGUAUACCUGUAAUAUUUGUGGUGGGGCAUAUGGUGAAAGGUUAUAGAUAUUGUGGAAACUGUAGAUAGUCUCUCUUUUAUAUUUGUAUAUGGAAACUGAGCCUUAUAUACACUUUGGUAAGCCAGUAUUGUAAUGUUUUUUUGUGUAUAAACAAAAUACCUUUUCAAGUGUGAACA